AUGCACACGAGUCCUCCAGCUUCCGCCUUGUGCUUCCGGCUUUGCUUGCAGGAGCGCCGGAGGGUCGAGGCUGGAGGCGGACUGGGGGGGCGCCUGGAAGGGUCAAGGGAGAAGCCCGAGAAGCCUUCACCCUGGGAGGAUGCCAAGACCUUUCUGGCCGCCUUUGAGCAAGUUGCCAAAGCCUGUCAGUGGCCCCGGGGGGAAUGGGUAAUCCGACUCCUACCAGCCCUCAGUGGAAUCGCCGAGCGAGCCUUUAACAAUAUGGAUGCCCCAGACAGAGAGGAUUAUGGGAAGGUGAAGGCAGCCAUCUUGCGAGGGGAUGCCCUGAGCCGAGAGAAGCAGCGUCAGCAGUUCAGGGGCUUCUGCUACCAGGAAACUGAGGGGCCAAGAGGGGCCUACAGCCGACUGUGGGAAAUGUGCCGCGGGUGGCUGAGAGUGGAGAAUCACAGCAAGGAGCAGAUGCUGGAGCUCAUGGUCCUGGAGCAGCUGCUGAGCAUCCUGCCCCUGGAGAUGCAGAGCCGGGUGAGGGAGAGCGGCCCCGAAAGCUGCUCCCAGGCAGUGGCCCUGGCUGAGGAGUUCCUCUUGAAGCAGGAGAAGGAGGUGCUCUUGGAGGAAGUGGCUGGGAGCAUCUAUGAAGCAGGCCAGGCUCCAUCAGGGAGGGAGCAGAGAUAUUCUUCGGUGGGUGUCAAGGAAGAGGAGGACGGAGAGGCUGGCCAGCUGGGUAAGGAGGGAGGGAGGACUUCUGGGGCCUGA